UUCCCCAAGUGUUUCUUUUUUUUUUACUUUCAAAUUUCCCUCCACACACUGUGUGAAGUAUAGAUUUCUCAGUGGCUCGCUAGUUUCCUGUCAAAGAAGAAGCAUAAUGGAAAUUAACUCAGUUUCCAAGUUGCUUUCCUUUUCAUUCUUGGUAUUGUUUCUGGGUUUGGUCCAGUGUAGCGUGACUUACGAUCGGAAGGCUAUUAUCAUUAAUGGGCAGAGGAGAAUCCUCAUCUCCGGUUCCAUACACUACCCGAGGAGCACUCCUGAAAUGUGGGGAGAUCUUGUACAGAAAGCUAAAGACGGAGGAUUGGAUGUUAUAGAUACCUACGUUUUCUGGAACGUACAUGAACCUUCUCCUGGAAAUUACAAUUUCGAGGGAAGAUACGAUCUGGUUCAAUUUAUAAAGACGAUACAGAGAGCAGGACUCUAUGUUCAUCUUCGUCUUGGCCCUUACAUUUGUGGAGAGUGGAAUUUUGGAGGGUUUCCUGUUUGGUUGAAGUAUGUUCCAGGUAUCAGCUUCCGUACGGAUAACGAACCCUUUAAGAUGGCAAUGCAAGGGUUUAUCCAAAAGAUUGUAGAGAUGAUGAAGAGCGAGCAGCUUUUUGAGUCCCAGGGGGGGCCCAUUAUUCUCUCCCAAAUUGAAAACGAGUAUGGGCCGGAGGGCAAGGCAUUUGGAGCUGCUGGUUAUGCAUAUAUGUCUUGGGCUGCAAAUAUGGCUGUGGGAUUAGGCACAGGGAUCCCUUGGGUCAUGUGCAAGGAAGAAGAUGCCCCUGAUCCAGUGAUAAACUCAUGCAAUGGUUUUUACUGUGAUGCCUUUUCUCCCAACAGACCUUAUAAGCCUACAAUGUGGACUGAGGCUUGGAGUGGCUGGUUCACGGAGUUUGGUGGUACAGUUCAUCAUCGACCUGUUCAAGAUUUGGCAUUUGCAGUUGCUCGCUUCGUACAAAAGGGAGGCUCCUUUGUUAACUACUACAUGUACCAUGGAGGCACCAACUUUGGACGCACUGCUGGAGGCCCUUUCAUCACUACUAGCUACGACUAUGACGCACCCAUUGACGAAUAUGGCUUGAUCAGGCAACCUAAAUAUGGACAUUUGAAGGAGCUCCAUAGGGCUAUUAAGCUUUGUGAGCGAGCUUUAGUUUCGGCAGACCCUAUUGUUACUUCUUUAGGAAGUUAUCAGCAGGCUCAUGUGUUCUCUUCUGAGUCUGGAGAUUGUGCAGCUUUUCUCUCGAACAACAAUCCUAAUUCUGCGGCAAGGGUGAUGUUCAAUAACAUGCAUUACAACCUGCCACCUUGGUCUGUCACCAUCCUUCCUGAUUGUAGAAAUGCUGUCUAUAACACUGCAAAGGUUGGAGUUCAGACAUCAGAGAUGCAAAUGUUGCCCACCAAUGCUGAGUUGCUGUCCUGGGAAACGUAUGACGAGGAUGUUUCUUCACUUGAUGACAAUUCUGUGACAACUGCUAAUGGUCUUUUGGAGCAGAUAAAUGUAACCAGGGAUGCAAGUGAUUAUCUGUGGUACAUUACUAGUGUUGAAGUUGGUUCACAGGAAUCAUUUUUGCAUGGGGGCGAACAACCAAGUCUCACCAUUCAGUCAACAGGGCAUGCUUUACAUGUCUUUAUCAAUGGACAACUUUCGGGGUCUGCCUUUGGAACUAGGCAGAACAGGAGAUUCACAUUUACAGGAACAGUUAACAACCUGCGUGCUGGAACAAAUCGAAUUGCACUCCUCAGCAUAGCUGUUGGAUUGCCAAAUGUUGGAACACAUUUUGAGGCAUGGAACACUGGAGUCUUGGGUCCUGUUGUGAUGCAUGGUCUUGAUCAGGGGAAAAGAGAUUUGAGUUGGCAGAAAUGGUCCUACCAGGUUGGCCUGAAAGGUGAGGCCAUGAAUCUCGUCUCUCCAAAUGGAAUUUCUUCUGUUGAAUGGAUGAGUGCAUCAUUAGUUGCACAGAAGCAGCAGCCAUUGACAUGGUUUAAGUCUUAUUUUAAUGCACCUGAAGGAGAUGAACCAUUGGCAUUAGACUUGGGGAGUAUGGGGAAGGGUCAAGUAUGGAUCAAUGGGCAGAGCAUAGGUAGAUAUUGGACAGCUUGGGCAAAUGGUAAUUGCAAUGGAUGUAGUUAUUCUGGAACAUUCAGACCUCCUAAGUGUCAAACUGGAUGCGGCCAACCAACCCAGCAAUGGUACCAUGUUCCACGCUCUUGGUUAAACCCAACCCAAAAUCUUCUUGUACUUUUCGAGGAACUUGGUGGGGAUGUGUCAAGAAUUUCUCUUGUGAAGAGAUCGGUGACCAGUGUCUGUGCUGAUGUGUCUGAGUGGCACCCCAAUAUUAAGAAUUGGCAGAUCGAGAGCUAUGGAAAAACAGAAGAGUUCCACAGACCAAAGGUUCACUUGCGGUGUGCACCUGGACAGUCCAUCUCUACCAUUAAGUUCGCAAGCUUUGGCACCCCUUUUGGAACUUGUGGAAGUGGUUUCCAGCAGGGAACCUGCCAUGCUCCAACCUCAUUUGCCAUCUUAGAGCAGAAGUGCGUAGGGAGGGAGAGAUGUUCAGUAACCAUAUCCAACAGCAACUUUGGAGACCCAUGUCCUAAUGUGCUGAAGCGAUUAUCUGUGGAAGCUGUUUGUGCCCCAACAACUAUGAAGGGCUGUUUGGAGGGAAGUAAUCCAAGGGUCUUCCCAACUUCAGAUACUGUGCUUAGAUUAACUGUGUAGUCGUAAUGCUGGCAAGGGAGGAAGCUACAGAGGAAACAAGCAAAUAAAGAGGAGGAAUUGAAUUGUGAAUUAGAUUCCUCGAAAUGCCAGUUUCAUUUUGCUCAUAUUUAUAUGAAGAAGAUAGAGAUAUUUUGAAGCUGCAGACGUUUAUUUUCUUUAUUUAUGGGUUAACAUUGAGCUUCUGUAAAAUAGGGGAAGAGGGGGUUCUGGGAUGAUGAGAAUAGGGUUGGCAUCAGGUUCCCUGUGUUUUGGAGAGGUUCCCAGUCGAUUUCAAGUUGAUGCCUUCUCCGGGCUUUUAACCGGAGAAUGAAGAAAAUAGUUUGUUGUGAUGAUGAAUUACUGGUUUACAUUAAUUCCUUAAGUUUUCCAUUGUUGGGGAAGUCAAACCCCAAGGCCCUGUUCAAGUUAUGUUUUAUAUAAGAUUGUGUGAUUGAAUUCUUGUGAUGAAGACAAUGAGGACCCAAGUCUUCUCU